AUGAACCUCAAAUGCGGAGGGGAAUGCAACCGAUUGUUCUCAGCACCUAGAAGCCUGACUCAUCACCGUCAGACCUGCAAACACUGGCAGAGGCAACUGACUCUGCAGUCACAACAUUUCAAACACAUCUCUGCGUCCCUACAAGAUUCGCAAGCGCCUCCUGCGAAGAAGAUGAAAUUUAGUGCUCAAAUACCAUCUUCUGCCUCGGAAUCCCCACCUAUGCCUAUGAACAUUGUGACAUCUGAUUCUUCUGAUAUUCCUGCAUCUCUGCCCAGCAUCAAUGAUUCGGCAGUGGCCUCGUCUAGUGCCUCUGCACUUGACAUUGUACAGGAGGAGCAGCCAGAGAAUCAAGCUGGCCGUCCCUCUCGAACGCAUCGCCUACCCUUACGGUUCAGGGACGAACUUCCAGUCCCGCCACCUGCCAUUCCAGCGCCAGCUUCGACGAAUGUUGUGCACCGGGUGGUUCUUUAUGUAUUUGAUUCCUUUCGCACAUCUCUCAAUCAAUUUGGAAUUGGAUGGGAGUAUCAUCACCGACCAUCGUAUGACCCAGAUGCUUUCGUCUCCGUUGAGCAGCUAUCCAAUAUCAUGUUCAAUUUCCCUUUCCCUUGA